AUGCCCGGCAUGCCCAAGCUCUCCCUCGUCGAGGGCAGCUUUGAAGAGUUGGCCACAGAGCUAGCGACAUACCUCGACACCCUGAAAGGCGAUGGCUCCACCGUCGCGGCUGAGGUGCAGCCCCUCCUCGCCGACCCGGAGCAGCCAGAGCAAGCGAAAGCGACCGACAAAGAUGCCGUACUGAAGAAGCUGGUCACCGCCAGCUCGGUUCUCAAUGCUGCCCCCGAGCGCGAACUGCAAGCGGCAUACAACCUCCUCAUUCACCUCAUCUCGCAAGCACAAGACCCCAACAAAUUCCUCCCGCCGAUAUGCAAAUAUCUCAGCCAGCCCAUCACCUCAUCCCCACAGAAUGGAUCCGGCAUCGCGCUUGGAGUAUUAGGAUCCCUCUUCAACACCAUUCCGCCAGAGGAUGAGACGAGAUACCAUGUGCUGUUGGCCAUUGUGGAGUUGAUCAAGAACUCCAAGAACUACGACACACUACAGCCGCAGUUGAAGAAUCUCGAUGUCUGGGUGAAGCAGUGGGAGUCUGAGCCGGAAGAGACGAGAACCCUUUACCUUUCCAUCGCCGAUGCGGCCGCCGCAGCCAACGAACCCGAAGACAGCUAUACCUACCUCCUCAAAGCCCUUCGCACUCUUCAAUCCGCCCCGUCUUCACAGGAAGCGCGCGAUGUUUCCGUCCGCGCCCUCAAAGUUGCCCUGCAAAGCGAGAAGCACUUCGACUUCGAGGAUCUCACCGCGCUAGACAGCGUCCAGUCUCUCCGGAAAACCGACCAGGUCUGGUCGGAAGUCCUCGAGCUGUUCAGCGCGGAAGUCUACGACGACCUGCAAGACUUCAAAGAAUCCAACCCCACCUUUUGCUCCGAAAACGGCAUCGACGAGGACGCGCUCGACCGCAAGAUGCGUCUCCUCACCAUUGCCUCCCUCUCCGCACAAGCCGCCCACACUCGCACCCUGCCGUACUCCACCAUCGCCAAAGCACUAGCCAUCCCGACGGAAGAUGUGGAGGUGUGGAUCAUCGAUUCCAUCCGCUCCGGCCUCGUGGAGGGUAAGCUGUCGCAACAAAAGCAGGAGUUCCUCAUUCACCGCAGCACCUACCGCGUGUUUGGCGAGAACCAGUGGAGAGAAGUGGCGAGCCGGCUGGAGACGUGGAAGACAAGUCUCAUCAAUGUGUUGGGGGUGAUUCGAAGCCAGAAGGAGGAGUUUGUGAAGGAGAAGGAGGCGCAGUUAAAUGGACCUCCCGCGACGGCGAGAGACGGGUUCGGCUAUCGACCUGAUAGGCGGCAGAGGAACGUUGGAUUGUCUUUGGACAAUGAGUGA